AUGUGUGACACCGCUCCCGUCGGACCCCUCGUCCACCGCUGUCAAAAGUGCAACGCCGUGGGAGCAGGAAAGAAGCUUCUACGAUGCCGUGGCUGUCUUGCAGUGCGCUAUUGCGACAUAGAGCACCUGAAAGCCGACCUUCCUAGCCACAAAUCCACCUGCAACCGCCUUAGGAAGGCUCGCGUCAAGCUGGGCAAGGAGGCAGCACUUGUCCGCAACCUCCCGGCGGAUGGAGACAUGCUGGAGAAUAUCUUCGAGAACGACGAGGGCGACUUCUGGCGCCUCCCAGGCACAAAGAAGUACAUGAAGGCCCGAUACAACUUUGCGGUGAAACAUCUCUAUAUGCUGGGCACGCUCGACAGUACCCGGGUGGCCCUCCGGCACAUGCAGGACAUGUUGAGGUUAGAUAGAUACGACGAAAAUCGCGUCUCGUGGAUUGUCCCCAACACCAUGAUGUGCUUGGACCUCGACCAGGAAAGCUGUGACUUCAUCAAGGGGUGCUUAGUCGACCCCCGGGAGAUUUUCGAAGGGACUGAUAUCUUCGGGAGCGCAGAGAGUAUCCUCGGCAAAAUACCCAGUUUUGAGCAUACGGUGGCUUCUUUGCUGCUAAGACUGAAACUUCUGGUUGAUGUGAUCAAUGUGAUCAAAGCCCGGAAGGUUCUCUCUCGGACUCCUCUGCCUGUUGAACUUCAGAACGUUAUAGAGCAGAAUGUGGUCCGGAGCCCGCUGUCGGCCCAUCUCUACAAGGAAUCCACCCAGACCCUCCUGAAGACGCAGCAGAAGAGAAUACACGCCGUCCGCGACUUCGGUCCUCUCUUAUUUGGGGGGAGCGAGUAUUUCCUAUCCGAGCUCUUUGCUGUAGAACAGCCGCUCAACAUCGAGCCCGAGUGGAUCGAUGAUUCAUACACGGCUCGGAAUCUAGCACGACAAUCCUAUCCCGCGUGGCGGGGAACUGAAGGCGUCCUCCAGCUGCUGUCCGAUGCGCGAGCUUGCGCGGUGAAGGCCUUGGAGAUAGGUCUUGAAGACUUCAAGCACCCGCAGAGCAUGUACAUUUCGUUCAGUGACAAGGCCUGGCGCCUCACAUGGAAAUAUCUCCAAUGGGCUGUCGAGGAUGCCACGUACCUCGGACCGCCCGCUGAGCGACCUUCGGAACGUUACGUAAAGCAUCACCAGGAAUUCAAGUCCGACAUCCAUGAUAGAUAUUUCAGCUCCGAGCUACUUGACGGUUUGCGAAGGAUGCUAGUCAAGACCUUGUAUGGUGCAAGUUGA